CUGAGCCGGAGCGGGCCCGCCACCGGUCCGGCCCCGUCGGCGCAGAGGGUCCUGUCGGCGGCGCCCGGGAGCGGCUCGGCUCCCCGAUGCUCCCGCGCCGGCUGCCGCGGGCCGGGCUGUGCGCUUAGUGCCCGGCUCUGGCCCGCUGAAGUGCCCGAGGGGGUGGGAGCGGCCUCGGCCCCGCGGAGACGGAGCGGCUGGAGGACGAGGCGGCGGCCGCGGGGAGGAGGAUGGGGGCUAACCAGUUAGUGGUGCUCAACGUGUACGACAUGUACUGGAUGAAUGAAUACACCUCAUCCAUCGGAAUUGGCGUUUUUCAUUCGGGAAUUGAAGUAUAUGGCAGAGAAUUUGCUUAUGGUGGCCAUCCUUACCCCUUUUCUGGAAUAUUUGAAAUUUCCCCAGGAAAUGCUUCUGAACUAGGAGAAACAUUUAAAUUUAAAGAAGCUGUAGUUUUAGGGAGCACGGACUUCCUGGAGGAUGACAUCGAGAAGAUCGUGGAGGAGCUGGGGAAGGAGUACAAGGGCAACGCCUACCACCUGAUGCACAAGAACUGCAAUCACUUCUCCUCAGCCCUGUCGGAGAUUCUCUGCGGGAAAGAGAUUCCUCGCUGGAUCAAUCGACUUGCCUACUUCAGCUCCUGUAUACCCUUUCUACAGAGUUGCCUCCCCAAGGAGUGGCUCACCCCCGCGGCCCUGCAGUCCAGUGUCAGCCAGGAGCUGCAGGACGAACUAGAGGAGGCCGAGGACGCCGCUGCAUCCGCCUCCAUGGCCAGCGCUGCAGCGAGCUCCAGACCUGGGCGCCACACCAAACUAUAAACGUCUCCAAAGUCACACCUUCAGAGCUGUCUCUGACAGUUGACUAUCAACUAGAGAAAGUAAAAGAGUAAGCGUCCUCUGGAUAUUUUGUAUGCAAAGAUGGCUCUCCCCCCAAUCCCAGUUUUUCAGCUCAGGAUUAUAUUUGUAAUCAAAAGAAUCACUUGGCGCAGGAGGGAGAACUUUGUAUGAAGCUUCCCUCUGUUUUUUUUUACCCACUUGUAAAUUUGGAUUUACUUCUGUUUUAUACGAGCUCUGUUAAGUUAUGUUUACAGUAUUUUGUAUCGCUGUUUACAAAUCUUGCAUGGACUCCUGCCACCGUGAAAGAAGAAAAUCUUCAUGACUUCAAAAACGAGGCAGGUCAUCUUUGUACACUUCCGACAAUUGCUGGAGCUACGGUGUUAACACUAGGCACACGAGGGAUACUUGAGCGGUGAGAGUUGCCAUCACCCUCUUGAGAAUGGUCUUCUAGAUCUGUGUUUGGGUUUAUUCACGUUCAGGACACAGAGGGCAAGGAGCACCCGCGGCCGAGGGUGGCAGCUCCCUGCCCCACAGAGGAGCGCGCUGCCCAGGCUCCCCCAAAUCCGGGGGGUGUGGUGCUUGCAUCCCAAAUACCAGUCCACCUCAGCAGCCUGGUCCCUUCCUGCGUCCGUCCGGCUUGGACCCCUCUGAUUCUAUAGUUAAGAUGGUUUUCGUUAAAGAUAUUCUUGCUAGUCACUAAGGAGUAUUUUUGCACACGGGUUGGGAGCUUCACCUUUAUUUUAAUACCUCCCGCUACCCUCCUCCCUGCACCGGGCUGUGACAAUGGGGUAGGAAGAUCCUAAGCGGCAGCCUUCUGAGUAGCGGUGUGAGUUGACAUUCAGCUGCUUUUUAACUGUUCGGGCUGCCUUUUAUACGAGACCUUGAAAACUGGAGUCUGAAGUAACACUGUCCACAGAGUGAAUCAUUUGAUAUUCCACCAUUUUAUGUACCAUUUCAGACAGAGUGUGUUGGAGUCUGUUGGCUUGUGAUGGGAGUAGCAUCCCCUCAUCUUAGAAAACCGAGUCUCGUUGACUUUUUGUUGAAAGAUAUUUGUGUGUCUUAAAAUUCAUCUUUUUCUGUUCUCUCAAAUGUGUCUCUUACAGAAACUACUCUGAGAAAGAAAUUGUCAACCGCAGAUAAGUCCUCAUUAGCAGGGACUCCGUCUGCUCAAAUCUACUCCCAGUUUGACCCUUGGAUGUAAGAGCCAAGUCAUUACAUGUCAGAUUCAAUUCUUCUGCCUUAAGAAUGAAUGUCCUACAUAGAAUAUUGGAUGCAGCGUAUAAAUUAUCCAAGGCAGUGACUUCAGCUCUAUAGAGAUUGUUAGUUUUAAAGGCACCUAGUUUUAUUUAAACUUCUAGAUUGGAUUAUUUGCUAUUGUUCUUUGUAAAGAUACAUAUCUUUCAGUAAAGGACAUUUUUAACUUUUCCAUCAGCUGAUUUUGAUUCAUUUUAUCAACUGAAGCACACACUAUUCCUAGGGAAACCAAACCUUGGGUUAGAAGCUUUGACCUGAGAAAAAUGAAGCCACUUAACCUAAUUUACGCUUUUGUUCUGUUUCUGGAGAGGAAAGCCUUGACCAUUCUCCCCUCAGUUCUUUAGAGGGUGCAGAGCCCUCACUUAAGAGACAUGACAGAAGGAAGAAAAGAGUAUAGGAUCUUUGUGAGAAGUUGACUUGGUUCAGGCUUAAAAAGGAGAUUUAGAAUAAAACACUAAGACUCCGGCCAUGUGUCUGUUCCCUCAGAGGAGAGUCCUAGCACCAAAACCCAGGUUCGUGGAAAGUGUCGAGGCAGUUUGCUUGGGAUUUUUUUAAAUAACGUGUGGUGGAUGACAGUUGUUUCUCAUCCAUUCAGAUAAACGUGAUUUUAGUCCGUGCUGCUGACCCACAUAAAGGAGUGGCCAUCCGUUAGACCCAUCUUGGUGAAUAGCCAGGAACACCCCAUCUGUGCUAAUCUGGAAUCCAGCACCUCAGCACACAAACGAUUUCACCGCUGUUCUGUUGUGUUUACUUUGAUCUGCAGCAUUUGGAGUGAAAAAUAGCGUGAAGGGGCCUGGUAGAAAUAAACAGUGGCCUGAGGCCAUUUAUCAUACUAGCAAUCAGCAUAUAAAAUUCUGGAUGUGAGAUUGCUUGCAAUCCACUUGUACUUGAGGUUGUCUUUACUUUAGAAAAUCUCAUUUAAACCAGUUCCCCUCUAUAGUUCAAAGUUGAGGUUGGACUUAAUGGACUAGCAUUUAACCAGCUUUUUCUUGCCCUUGCCGGGAAAGAAUUGUGUUCUCAGCCUGAUCUCUGUUCAGAAAAAUCCAGUCAUUUAGAUACAUGUGACAUGACGGAGUCAGAGAUUGUCUUCGUAGCGGGAACCAAGCGAAACCCAUUUCUCAUGGUGGGUUGGACGGCGACAGUGUGGGAGGGCCAGAAGCUACUGGUUUCGGUUUGUUUUCAGUGCACUUGGGUUGGUUGGUCGAGGUUUUGUCAACCCUAAGAAGGGGGCAUCGGCUUUGGACAGUGGCCUCUGGAACUGUAGGAGGUGGCGUGGAGAGAGCCCCCGCUGGAGGCCUGGCGCCCAGCUGAGUGUUGCUCUGGCCCACAGUGAUAGCACACAGCUCCCUUCACCAGCAUCCACACAGAGCAGGGUCCGGUGUUCGCCGAUGGGCACCACCGCGCACAAGGGGAGUCCACGCUAUGCCCAGCUGCGGGACUCCGUGUCCAUGGCUUCUCUCCAUCACAAAACGGGUAGAAACACAUUCGCUGCUUCAGGGCUCGAAUCUGUGUGUCUUCUUACGGCUCCAUUUCUGCAAGAUACUCGGUCGUUUCGAUGCGUGCGUGCUGUGUUUCUUCUGCCAUCGCACAUUCUUCCCUUCCCUAUGGUCCUAGGUGCGGCUCAGUGAUUAGACUCGCCUUGUCAAUACACAUCUUCACUGUUCGAGAGGUGUUACAGCUGUUAAAGAAUCUUCAUGAACCUGAAGAUAAUUUCUUGUGAAGUUGAAUGCAAAUGUACUGUCAUUCAUAGUGUUUAUAUGGAAAAAAAAAACCAGGAAUUUCACUUUUGCUACCUUGAUAUAGCAUUGGGCUAUCAUGUUAACAACAUUGAAAUACAUCGAUUUAUUAAAAAAAUACUUUUAU